AUGGUCGUGGAGGAGGGGAAAGCGGUUCAAAGCAUCGUUUCCGUGGAGCCGAAGCCGAGAAAGGGGGUCCUAUCGGCGGCGGUGGAACUGCUGGAGAGGGUGGUUGUGCAUAUCACUGGUCACUCGGGCAGGCCCAACUACUACCUCUCCGGUAACUUCGGCCCCGUGCUGGAGGAGACGCCUCCCUGUAGAGAACUCAAAAUCAGAGGGACCCUCCCGGUAUCUCCUACGAAUUUCUAGACCAUUGAGAAAAAGAAAAGAAGAAAAAAGAAGCUGGAAGAAAGUAACUUAUUCCAUCUUUGUCACCGGCAAUGAGCAGAAUUUUCUUUCUCCCUGUUCUUUGGCCAGGAAUGCUUGAAUGGGGAGUUCGUCAGAGUAGGGCCCAACCCCAAGCUGCCUCCGGUGGCUGAAUACCACUGGUAACUUUGUUGUCUUUGUGAAGAAUGCUGCUAGCUUUAUAGUUGCAUGGGACGUCACAACUCGGUUUUUAUGUAGUUGAGCAUCAACAUUUCUGCGAUAGGUCUCAGGUCGAAGACUCAUCAUUUGUCUUCUCCAUAUUUUGAUUCUUUUUGUGGUAGACUGUCGUAAAUCUCUUGUAUUCAAGAGCCCACCAAGUAAAUGUCAGUGAUUAUGAUUCAUCAAGAUCUUUGGGCUCCCUAUCCUCUGUGUGAUUUUUGGGAGAUGAAGCUUGGCAUUGCAUCUGACAAAUUGGCCUGUAUUGCCAAACCGCCAUUAUUAUUUCUGAUUCCUUGCUAAGAGCGCAUCUUUCAUGCACGUAGAUUACCUUCUAGAAAAAAAUUGUUCAAUUACCUUAUUGUGAUGAUAGCUUCUGUUCUUGCAUUGUUUUCAGGUUUGAUGGCGAUGGGUAGGUCUUUUCGGAGUCCCUCCCGGAGGAAGCCUCAUUCAUCAAAUCUAUAUUGUUUCUCGCCAUGUGUAUCUUUCUGAAAAAAAAUCUGCAAAAACCAGUUUGCUCACUGAUGAAUUUUAUGUGCCUUUAUGCGUUCUUAAAACGAUGGUUAUGAAGAAUGAUUCAUGGGAUCCGCAUCAAAGAUGGGAAGGCGAGCUAUGUCUCAAGAUAUGUGCAGACUUCGCGACUUAAACAGGAAGAAUAUUUCGGACGGGCAAAGUUCAUGAAGGUAAUCUGGUGUAAAAAACCGUGUUUUCACGUCGAUUAGCUUUCCUGUUUGGGAUAUCUUCCUAAUAACAUAUUAUGGAACAUUCUAAUUUCUCGAACAGUCAUAAAUAUUUUUUGCUCAUUAUUAAAAUUGGAGAACAUAAUGAGGCAGAACUAUCAUAAUUUCUAAUGACUGAUUAUUAGGCACCAGUCUUCAACUUUUAUCGCCUGUUCAAUGUCUUAUAGAGAAAACACUUUCAUCGUGGUUGCUCUUUCAUCAUCAGGGUGGAGACCUGAAAGGAUUCUUUGGGCUUUUUAUGGUUUAUAUUUCUCAACUGCGAGAAAAACUGAAAAUCUUGGAUCUUUCAUACGGAAGAGGAACAGGUAAGCUUAACGAGUAUGCCUGAUUAAAGUUCGUCUUAAAGCUGAGCUGAAUCUGCUUCUCAUUUUAUUUUUUUAAUUUUUGAUCAUUGGAUCUCAUGGUUUAGCCUGAUUUCAGCCAACACAGCUCUUGUAUACCAUCAUGGUAAACUCUUAGCCCUUUCAGAAGGUGAUAAACCCUGUAAGCACCUUUCCAUUUUUCUUCCUUUCUGUGAAUUUCCUUCGAAAACAUUAAAUCCCUUAGUAAAAAUUAUAUAGCUAAGAUUUGGUCUAGUUGAAUGAAGAUUAAUGGGACCUUUCCGAUUUCCUCGAACAGAUGUCGUCAAGAUUUUGGAAGAUGGAGAUCUCCAGACACUUGGGCUGUUGGAUUAUGACCGACGGCUAGCACAUUCCUUCACUGCUCAUCCGAAGGUGGAUCCAUUCACAGGUGAGGGUUUGAUGCUAUCUCGUCCCAAUGCCCAUCGUCCACCUGAAGGUGAUCAAGGCACUGCCUAGCAAGAAGUUUUUUAUGAUUCAUACAUGAGAAUCAACCAGGCAAGUCACUUGGCAAUGCCAGGAAGGUGCUGUCACUGCGAUAGCUGGUUGAUCAUCCAGCUCAAAUUUCGUAAAUUAAACCCAGAUUGCAAGAACAAGUUAAUUAAUUUUUGUAAUAAUCAAUAAGAAAAAAAGUUUUCUAUGAACGUAGCAUAAUGGGUGCAUGCUCUGCAUGUUCUGAAUAAUAGUGGGCUCAUCGCAUCCAUAUUCUACUAGAUUUUCCAACAUGAUUGAUUGAAUUGAAUCUAGGAGGCUCAUCUAUGUUGCAGAUGAGAUGUUCACAUUCGGCUACUCUCAGUCGCCACCAUAUGUUACCUACCGGGUCGUGACAAAAGAAGGCAUCAUGCUCGAUCCUGUCCCGAUAACGAUACCAGAAUCGGUGAUGAUGCACGACUUUGCAAUCACUGAGAACUAUGCAAUCUUUAUGGAUCUUCCUCUUUAUUUCCGCCCAAAGGUGCUUCGCGAGUUCACAAGGCUUGCAUCUCUUGAAUUUCUUUGAAGAACUUGCUUGAAGAGCUCUAGUGGCAAGUGACUGUGGAAUUCAAGUCAAUGCUUUGUUUCCUGGUUUUGAAAUGGAAUCCGGCUGUCUGCUUCUGUUCGUCGCAGGAAAUGGUCAAAGAAGGGAAGAUCAUCUUCUCAUUUGACCCAUCUAAGAAAGCCAAAUUCGGCAUUCUUCCCAGAUAUGCCAAGGAUGAGCUCCAAAUCAAGUGGUUUGAGCUUCCGAAUUGCUUCAUAUUCCAUAACGGUGAUCUCUCUCUCUCUCUCUCUCUCUCUCUCUCUCUACAUAGACAGAUAUAUAUAUAUAUAUAUAUAUAUAUGCAUAAAUAUUUUAUAUUACUGCAUUGUGUUGGUUCUUGGCCCAAAUACUGUGGAUGGAUGUUUUCUGAGCUGGGGGUUCAUCUCCAACAUUAUCCAUUUGUUCCUUUCUGGCAGCAAACGCCUGGGAGGAGGACGAGGAGGUCGUUCUGAUUACCUGCCGCCUUGAGAACCCAGAUUUGGAUAUGAUCAAUGGAGACGCAUCCGAGACGCUUGACAACUUCAAGAACGAGUUGUAUGUGAUCUGACGAUCUGAAGUACCAGCCAGGUUUUAGACUCGUUGACCGAUCGGGUUUCUCUCUCCUUUCCACAUCAGGUAUGAAAUGAGAUUCAACAUGAAGACCGGCGCCGCCUCUCAGAAGCAGCUCUCACUCUCCAUUGUCGACUUCCCUCGGAUCAACGAGAGCUACACCGGACGGUCUGUUCCCUUUGCCCAAAGCAGAGAUAGAAAGAGAAUCCUCGCUAAAAAUGGAAUCUUGGCCGCAAUCGAUGAUCUCUCGUUCAUGCGGUUUUGGAAAAUUCGGUGUGGAUGCAGGAAGCAACGGUUCGUUUACGGGACCAUUUUCCACGCGGUGACGAAGAUCAAAGGCAUAGUGAAGUUCGAUCUCCAUGUGGAGCCGGAUAUCACCGGGAAGAAGAAGCUCGAAGUAGGGGGAAAUGUGCAGGGCAUUUUUCAUCUGGGGCCCGGGAGGUUCGGCUCCGAGGCCGUCUUUGUGCCUCGUGAACCUGGAGUCUCGUCUGAUGAGGAUGAUGGGUACUUGAUAUUCUUUGUGCAUGAUGAGAAAACAGGGUACUCUCUCUCUCUCUCUCUCUCUCUCUCUCUCUAAUUAUGAUCUUCUGCCCCCGACAACAUUCGGUCGCUAUCGCUGCAGGAAGUCCGAAGUCAAUGUUAUCGAUGCGAAGACGAUGUCUGCAGAGCCGGUGGCUGUCGUGGAGCUCCCGAAGAGAGUUCCCUAUGGAUUUCACGCCUUCUUUGUCACAGAGGUACGCUUUCCAGUUACCCCUCUUGAAGAGAGGGAGAGAGAGAGAGAGCUUUCACUGAACCCUGUGAAAGCCUCUCCUUUCUUCAUGAUUUUGACGGGAUUGCUAAGUGGGUCUUUCCAUUUUGGACAGGAACAACUGGAAAAGCAGGGGAAGAUCUGA